AUGGCGACUCGUGCCAUUUUUGUUUUACCCCCUCCCAUUCAAACCGUGUGGGAUAGGGAUGAAGAAAGAGCCAAAACUGCUACUAUUAGACCUGCUAGUGCUUUGGUAACUGCUUUACCUACGGCACCUCCUUACGGUUCAAGAGCAGGAUGGGUUCCUCGAACGGUCGAAGACUUUGGAGAUGGAGGUGCGUUCCCAGAAAUUCCUGUUGCCCAAUAUCCUUUGGAUAUGGGCAAGAAAGGUCAUGAAAGUACAUCAAAUGCAUUGGCUCUUCAAUUAGACAAUCAAGGAAAAAUUAAAUAUGAUGUGAUAGCAAGACAAGGACAUUCUAAAGAUAAAGUGGUAUAUUCAAAACUAUCAGAUUUGUUGCCUUCUGAAGUACUUGCAGAAGGAGAUGCUAGUUUGGAAAAACCUUCCGAGGAAGAAAUACAAGAGACUGCUGAAAGAACAAAACAUGCUUUAGAAAAAAUAACAAACUCUAAAAUAGCUGCUGCCAUGCCAGUACGUUGUGCAGACAAAACUGGUCCUGCUCAGUUUAUACGUUACACUCCAUCACAACAGGGUGUAGCAUUCAAUUCAGGAGCGAAACAAAGAGUUAUUAGAAUGGUCGAAGCUCAAAAAGAUCCCAUGGAACCUCCUAAAUUCAAGAUAAAUAAGAAAAUUCCUAGAGGACCACCUUCGCCACCUGCUCCUGUCAUGCACUCACCUACUAGAAAAGUAACAGUAAAGGAACAGAAAGAGUGGAAAAUACCUCCGUGUAUAUCAAACUGGAAAAAUGCAAAAGGUUAUACUAUUCCACUAGACAAAAGGUUGGCCGCUGACGGAAGAGGACUACAGCAACUCCACAUUAGUGAAAAUUUUGCAAAAUUAGCUGAAGCAUUAUACAUAGCUGACAGAAAGGCUCGUGACGCAGUUGAAAUGAGAGCUCAACUUGAGAAAAAAUUGGCGCAAAAAGAAAAGGAAAAGAAGGAAGAACAUUUGCGACAACUCGCUCAGAAGGCUAGGGAAGAGAGAGCUGGAAUCAGAACAGCAGCAGCAAUUGAAAAAGAUGAAGAAGUUCGAGAAAGAGAUCAAAUGCGUUAUGAGCGUCAUAAGGAAAGAGCCAGGGAUCGUAAUUUGGCUAGAGCUGCACCCGACAAAAGGACCAAAUUGCAGAAGGAAAGAGAAAGAGAUAUAUCGGAGCAAAUCGCUCUCGGAUUACCUGCUAAAAAUAUUUCAUCGGAAACUCAAUUCGACCAACGAUUGUUCAACACGUCCAAAGGAAUGGACUCAGGGUAUGGUGACGACUCCAGUUACAAUGUUUACGACAAACCUUGGCGCGGUGGGGCUUCGAUUGGUCAGCACAUAUAUCGGCCAUCUAAGAACGUUGAUAAAGAUAUAUACGGAGAUGACAUUGACAAAAUCAUUAAAACUAACAGAUUUGUUCCCGAUAAAGAAUUUAGCGGUACCGAUCGCAAUGCUACUCGUUCGGGUCCUGUACAAUUUGAGAAAGAAAAAGAAGAAGAUCCGUUCGGUUUAGAUCAGUUCUUGAAUCAAGCUAAACGUUCGAGUAAAAGACAAGCAAAAGACGAUAGGCGUGACGACAGAGAUAAACGAAAAAGAAAAGAUUAA